CAAACAGUCGGUUUAUUGACACAAUUUCGGCUUCGCACGCUAGGAUUAAAGAGGCCCUUUGGUGACCUCGGUUGGUAAAAUAUUUUAAUGGUAGUAUAAACUGCUAGAGCAGAACCGACGACGUGGAUCAUUGCACUUCAACAUGGCCGCCAGCAAGCCAAAUCUGUUUUACAUUUGGAACUUCUUCGAGAAGACCGGGGGCUAUAGCUCUCGUUUUUCGUCUUUCGUAGAUUAUUGGACGUUCGCCGCCAACGUCGUGAGGAAGAAUGAUGACUACAUAGCGACUCAGCUGCACCGAAACCUCGACCCAAAAGCUACCUUCCCAUACGUGAAUCAUGCUGCGUUUGAUGGAACGACCUUUGCAGCUUUCGGGCAAAGCAAACCAACAGCGGAAUGGAUGGAAGUCGCGAAAGAAGGACGUGGCGGCACGGGCACCACGGUAGCCUACCCGGGUGGAUACAAGGAGAUCGAGUCUACCACCGGCAAACCACUAGGUCCUUGGCUGCCCAAGGGUGAUAACAUCUUUCUCGUGUCAGCUUUUAAGGUAGCUGAUGAGAAGGACACCAAACUCCAAGAGGCAUUCGAAAAGGACUGGAAGGAAUCUUCAGGAACCAACUUUAUCCUCAAGAAUGCUCCCAAGGAGCUCGGCAUCUCUAACUGCGGCCUGUAUAAGAAGUUUACCGAGCGUCCCGGGUUGAUGUACGUCCUCAGAGCUGAGCUGACCGGGGCUAGGGUGGACUCUGAGCCGGCCAAGACCUUCCUGGCGCAACUCAAGGAGUUCAAGUACCCGGACUAUUUCCAGAAAGUGGACAAUGAGCUUUACAUGGCGGAUCCAGAAAACAUAAUUUUCCCUCAAGCGGGGAAGAAAGAUCUCCCGGAAGGCUUGGCGUACAAACCAGAGUAAAUACGCCACCCAAUGGAAAAGAAAACCGUCAUUCAUACGGAUUUGCUUCUUAUCGCGAACAUUUUUACUCUAAGAUCGUCAACAUACAGUGUCAAAAUUUCCUCGAAUUUGACCGAAGCUUUUUUUGGAUGGACUCUUCCCUCCUUUUGGUCAAUUGGUGGUGGGGGAGGGGGAGGGGGGUCCGACACGCCCUUUUUUAGUAACGGUCCUGCUUCAGUAAAUACGUCACACAAUGGAAAGAAAACCAUGUCGGUCAAAUAGUAGGGUCAUAUCUUUGGAUUCCGUGACCAUUCUUUUGCUGCCUUUUUUUUUUCGAUGGAUUUGACUUCAGGAACCAUUUAA